UGCUUUCUUUUGUUUUUGAUUUUGGGUGAAACCAAACGGACCCAUAGCCACACACCAACCCGAAGAAACCCCGUUUCUCUCUUCUUAUAAAACCCCACUUUUCAUUCCUCUUUUCCCGCUUCCUCAACAAUAAACAACAACGUUUGACAUUGUUUUUACAUCACAUGGCUUCUUCCGCCGCCGCCGCCGCCACCACCUACGCCGCCGACCCCACAACCCCGAACACCACCUUCGUCCAAGCGGACCCGUCCAACUUCCGCGCCGUCGUCCAGAAACUCACCGGCGCCUCCGACGACCCGGCCGCCCCAAAACUGCCCCUCACACUUCCCUCGCGGCUGGCGGCCCAAUCUCCCCUGGUCGGCCCAAAAAGGCCCAACUUCAAGCUCCACGAGCGCCGCAACGCCGCCGCCAAAAACCUUGACCUCCCCGUCCUCAUGGUCUCCUCCAACAACGUGUCCCUUCUCCGAAACAGAACAUGCGAGAACCUCGUCAUGGCCUCCCCCGUUUCCCCACUCGAGAUGAUGCUGGCGCGUGGGAGCCCACGCACGCCGCACGAGGAAGAAGAAGAGAGAGCGAUUGCGGAAAAAGGAUUCUACUUGCACCCCUCCCCUCUCUCCACCCCCAGAGCCUCUCAACCUCCUGAACUAUUACCACUCUUCCCUCUGCAUUCUCCCACCGCCGCCGCCGCCGCCACCCACCACCACCACCACCUCAAUUAACCAUUUUUAUGAAUGAAUGAUUUGUUUAAUGUUGUGUUUGGAUAGGAGUAUGUAUAAAUGUAUGUAUGUACGAGUAUGGCGUGUGGUGUAUGUAUGUACGUAUGCGUGAAGAAACUUUGGUUGGGUAGUUUAGAUGCUGAUACGGUUUCUUAAUGCACUUUGUUUUUCCUUUUUAAGGAGAAUUCCACAGUGCACUUUUUAAGAAACUCUGCAAUUAAUGCUUUAAUCCAAAACUAUACGGCUCAAUAA